GAUGGAGGGUCUUCCUCACCCAAUCUGUCCAGUAGCGGAAGAUGAUUACAGCAUGAACAUGGCGGGCCGAAGGGCCUGUCUCGCGCUGCACGUAAAUGACUUUAAAUGUCCCAGAUUUAAAGAGUAAGUGCAUUGGAGACCUCACAUAUCAAACGUUAUUGGCUUCGCGGGCAAACGGACGACCCGCCUCUUUACCCCCGCCUGUGAUGGGUGGGCUUCCCCGCUUUUGUGAAUGGAAGAGCCGCGCCUUCGCAUCUGAUUGGUCGCAGCGGCAGAAAAUGGAUACAAUGAGAAGCGUGCGGCUUAGGUUGCAGAAUCCGGUGUCUCGUAGCUAGUGGUCACUUGCUCCUGAGCAGAUGGCGAGCUGCGCCUUUCGCUCGCCCCUCCUUUUGCUCUUGCUGCCCGGCCGAGCCCCAGUCGGCAGCCGCCGUGCCCGGUUCCGCUCCACCGCCGCCUCACCUAAGCCGAAGGAGGCGCCCACCGAAGAGGGUUCUGAUCGAGCACACGGUCGCCGCCGUUUGCGGGACAUCCCGCGGGUGCAUCCGGCUCCAGCCCAGGUCUCACCUGAUAUCCCGGACUUCAAUAACUACCAGGAAGCCUAUCGCAACAAGACCAGUGCCGAGGUGGUGCGGAGCCUUCUGGUGUUUCGUCUCUGCUCUUACGACAUUUUCGUGAACAGGCAAAAGGAGCUUAUCAAUCUCAGCAGAAUUGUGCUGGGAAAAUGGCUCUUCAGGAAGCUCAUGAAGAUGACCUUCUACGGACAGUUUGUAGCAGGAGAGGACCAAGAAGACAUCAAACCCUUGAUUCGCCGCAAUCAGACAUUUGGUGUGGGCUCCAUCCUGGAUUAUAGUGUGGAAGAAGACCUGACCCAGGAGGAAGCGGAGAAAAAGGAAAUGGAAUCUUGUGAGUCUGUUGGACUGAAAGAUGUUGAAGGAGAAGUUCAAAGAGAGAAGAAAUUCCAACCUCAUCGGCAGUUCGGGGACCGCAGAGAAAGUGUCAUCAGUGCUCGGACAUACUUUUACGCAGAUGAGUCCAAGUGUGAUCAGUACAUGGAGACCUUCUUGAAGUGUAUCAUUGCUUCAGGUGGCAGCUCUGAGGAUGGAUUUUCUGCCAUCAAGUUGACAGCCCUUGGGAGGCCACAGUUUCUGCUCCAGUUCUCUGAGGUGCUGGUGAAAUGGCGCGGUUUCUUCCGUCAGCUCGCUGCUGAGCAAGGACUGGGCGGCCAGGAUGCCUUGGACACGAAGUUGGAUUUGGAUCAUUUGCGGGAGUCUUUGGCUAGACUUGGGAUUGGCACCUUGGCCGAAAUCACUCACUGGUUCAACGGCGAGAAGAUUGGACUGUCUGGCACUGUGGACUUCCUGGACUGGAACAAUUUGAUCGACAACCGAACGAAAGUUGCCAAGCUCUUCGUGUUUCCAAAUCUGAAGACAGGCAAGGUUGAACCACUCCUCCUGAAGUUCACAGAGGAGGAAGAGCUGCAGAUGAAAAGGAUGCUGCAGAGAAUGGAUAUUCUGGCAAAGAAAGCCAUGGAGAUGGGUGUGUGCCUCAUGGUUGACGCCGAGCAGACCUAUUUCCAGCCAGCGAUCAGCAGGCUGACCCUGGAGAUGCAACGCAAGUUCAACACGGAGAAACCCGUCAUCUUCAACACCUACCAGUGCUACCUGAAGGAUGCUUAUGAUAAUGUGACAGUGGACGUGGAGUUGUCUCGCCGAGAAGCCUGGCACUUUGGGGCAAAGCUGGUGAGGGGAGCAUACAUGGACCAGGAACGAAAGCGUGCUAAAGAGAUAGGAUACGAAGAUCCCAUCAACGAAAACUACGAGACAACGAAUGCUAUGUACCACAGGUGCCUGGAUUACAUCCUGGAUGAAAUUAAAGGGAGCAGACAGGCCAGUGUGAUGGUGGCGUCCCACAAUGAGCAGACGGUCACCUACACGCUGCAGAGGAUGCAUGAUCUGGGCCUUCAUCCAUCAGAGAGGAAAAUCUACUUCGGCCAGUUGCUGGGCAUGUCUGAUCAGAUCAGUUUCCCUCUUGGCCAUGCUGGAUACCCUGUGUACAAGUACGUUCCCUACGGUCCAGUGGAGGAAGUUAUUCCCUACCUGUCCAGGCGCGCCCAGGAAAACAAGGGCAUGGUGGCGGGAACCCAGCGGGAACGGCAGCUCCUGUGGAAUGAACUGAAACGCAGGAUCGUGAAGGGAGAACUGUUCAGCCCCGUCUCUUAGAGGGACCCGUGGAAUCGGGUUUCCAGGGCGGCCGCUGGCGAGGAGUUUAUGUGAUCUCUGCAUGUGACACUUCGAAGGUGUGGGGAAGGGAGUGCGGUUCUGUGACUCGAUUCGGGUUAUUCAAAGUAUUGGGUCACCCCUCAAACAAAGUUUCUGGUUUAAAAAAAAUAAAUUUAAUCACUUUU